AUUUAAUGUAUUACAAAUUUAGUUUAUAUUGGUCCUUAGAAUCACAGAAAAGUGAACAAUGACAAUGGCAUGAUAUUGACAUUUCAUUAAAUGUCACGAUAGCAUAUACCUCUACAAAACAAAAUACUUUUCUGUUUUGUCUUAGAUUCGUAAUGAUUUUUUAUUAUUCUUUAUAAUUUAUUAAAUUAGUUUGUAACAAAUUUGCUUUAAUUUUCAAUGUUAAAUAUUACACUACAGUGUAAUAUUGAACUAGAAGUUUAGAUUUCAACACUAUUCAUUGAUUUGUAUAAAACUCCAAAAUGGACUUGAAACUGUGCAGAAUUUGUUUAAAAGAAAACGGUAGGAUCUCAUUAUUUGAAAAGUGUGAAAAUGCUAUGAUAUACAGUGCUAAAAUAAUGCAAUGUGUUAAUAUAAACAUAACUGAAGGUGAUGGUUUACCAAACUCCAUGUGUGAUAGCUGCGCCAACGAACUGGAUGUGUCGUACAGAUUCGUGCGAAAGUGUGAGGCAUCCGACCGAGCUCUCCACUGCCUGUCUGUCAUUGAAGUAAAACUGGAAGAGAUCAAAAGCGAAGAUAUUAAUAAUGAAUUAAAUCUCAGCGUGGAUAGUGAUGUAUAUUUGGACGAUUUUACGAAACUCGAUACGCCGGAACCAGAGUCAGAUGAAAGUCAGCAUCAAAUAAAACACAAAAGAAAAAAACGUACUAAGAAUGGACCAAUACAGUGUGUCGUAUGUGGCAUGAUGAAGAUCUCCCAUUCAGCUAUGGAGAUACAUAUGAGAUCACAUACUGGUGAGAAGCCAUACCCAUGCCAAAUUUGUAAAGCCAUGUUUAAAACUAAAGGCUCCUUAAAAAGACACAACGAAACCAGGCAUUUGGAUAGGGAAAGAAAAUUCACAUGUGAAACUUGUGGCAAUAGUUUUUAUAGGAAAAAUGAUAUUAUUAUACAUAUGAGAGUGCAUACUGAUGAGAGGCCAUACUCUUGCACGUUUUGCACUAAAAAAUUUAGACAAAUUGCGUCACUGAAUCGUCAUAAACGAAUACACACUGGCGAAAAGCCAUACUCUUGUCCGAUUUGUGCUAAGAAAUUCUCAGACUCGUCUCUCGUGAACAAACAUCUGACUGUGCAUACAGAUGAGAAGAAACAUACCUGCCACCUGUGCAGCAAGUCUGUAAAGAGCAAAAGUGCACUCAGGACUCAUUUGAGUCUCCAUUCUAAUGAAAAACAGAACAUUUGCAACUUUUGUGGCUUAGCUUUUUCAAUGAAAGGCAACCUACAAACACAUAUACGAAGGAUCCAUUCAGAGAAAUCGGGUGAAUGUUCAGUAUGCUUUAAAACAUUCUCCGACUUGGAAGUUCACAUGCGAAAGCACACUGGAGAGAAGCCGUUCAUUUGCAAACUGUGUAACCAGGGAUUUGCUACUAAAAGAAGCCUGUCACAUCACAAGGCCUUCAAACAUGAGAAUGCCAGUAAAUAUAAAUGUUCUAUAGGAGACUGUAGUAGGACUUUCCCAACUGUUAUGAUGCUAGAGUUCCACCUUCUCAAACAGCACACAAAUAAUACUCCGUAUGUGUGCCAACAUUGUUCUAGAGGCUUUUUUCGUACCAGUGAUCUGUCUCGACAUCUUAAAGUUAGCCAUAUGGAUACCCUAGCAAAGAUUCCAUUAAAAUUAAAUGGCACUUAAUUUAUUGUAUUUAUUUAAUAAAUAUAUUAAAAAAAUUGUAUUAAGGAAUAUAAUAUUAUAUAAAGUCAUAGUAUAUGUAAUUGGAGAGAGUUAUAAAACUGUUUAGUUUUAAGUUAUGCUGUACUAGUCAUCAUUAAAAUAAAUUUUUCAAGUUUUAUAUUUUU